UGAGUCAAAAUCCGACUCUUGUUUUGGGGGUUUUCCGUAACGCUUAUCACGUUUUUUUUGUUUUUUAAAUAAAUAUAUUUUUUAACCGAUAUUUAUUUUUGUCGUGUCGGUGUAGUUUGGUGUUAAACAUUUCCCCCACUGACUGACUGUGCGCCGUGCUGUACAUCUGCCGAGUAGCACCUCCUCCUCCAACAGCAGCAGCGGCAGUGGUGGGACUGUACUCUCGGUUCACCAUGUCACAGGUUUCAGGAUUUGUAAGUUGAUAGCGCUUUCCAGUUAAGCCUCCAAAUGCUCUUGAAUGAGAUGUUUUCCUGAGUUUAACUUCACAUCUUGACCAAGGUUUUCCUGAGAAUUACUCAUCGGACCACACACAAUGGCUUCCAAUAUAAUUGUGGAACAGCAGUUUUCUCACAAAUUCACAGUGACGGUUGUUCGAGCCGAGAGCGUCACCAAGGGAGCGCUCGGUGACCUGUUGGACACCCCAGAUCCAUAUGUGGAGCUCUUCAUCCCAACAGCCCCAGAGAGCAGAAAGAGGACCAAGCACAUAGACAAUGACAUCAAUCCAAAGUGGAACGAAACCUUUAACUUCAUAUUAGACCCCAACCAGCAGAAUGUCCUGGAGUUAACGUUAAUGGACGCCAAUUACGUGAUGGAUGAGACGCUCGGGACUGCGUCCUAUGAUAUCACCAAGCUCAGCGUAGGCCAGACAAAGAUGGAGUCUUUCCUCAUUGGCAAAGCAACCAAAGUAUACUUAGAGAUGUCACUGGAGAUCUGUACUAAGCUCGACCUGCGGUUCAGCCUGGCCCUGUGUGACAAAGAGAAGCGGUUUAGACAGACCCGCAGAGAAAGAGUGAUGCUGGGCAUCAAGAAGCUUCUAGACAUGGAGAAGCCUCGCUUCCUCCCCAGCUCUCCAGAGGAGGUGCCGGUGAUCGCCAUAGCAGGCUCAGGAGGCGGUUUCCGUGCCAUGAUCGGCUUCGCAGGUGUGAUGAAAGCCCUGAUUGAGUCUGGGGUCCUGGAUUGUGCCACAUAUGUCUCUGGCCUCUCUGGAUCGACAUGGUACAUGUCUGCUCUCUACUCUCACCCAGACUUUCCAAAUAAGGGCCCAAUGGACAUCAACAAGGAGCUGAUGAAGAGAGUUAGUGGUAACCCACUGAGGCUGUUGCUGCCCCAACACAUCACCAACUACAUCCAGGCUCUCUGGACCAAAAAGGCCACAGGGCAGCCUGUUACCUUUACCGAUAUCUUCGGUAUGCUCAUAGGAGAGACGCUUAUACCUUCGAGGAUGGACAUCAAGCUAAGUAGCAUCCAGGAGAAAAUAGACCAGGCCCAGAGUCCUCUUCCUCUCUUCACAUGUCUGCAUGUCAAGCCAGAUGUUUCUGAGCUCAUGUUUGCAGACUGGGUGGAGUUCAGCCCGUAUGAAAUCGGGAUGGCAAAGUACGGCACCUUCAUGACCCCCGACAUGUUCGGAAGCAAGUUCUUCAUGGGAACUGUUGUCAGGAAAUACGAGGAAAACCCUAUUCAUUUUCUGAUGGGCGUGUGGGGCAGCGCCUUCUCCAUUCUGUUCAACAGAGUGCUGGGAGUCAAAGACACAGUUGGUGGCAGCACCAUGGAGGAGGAGCUAGAGCAGAUCAAACCGCAGCACAUCGUUGGGGAAGACAGUCUGGAUAAUGACGACGAGCCACGCAAAGGUGGGACAGAGAACCAGGACGCAGAAGACGAGUACCGUCGCACCGCUCAGGCUAGCUGGGUUCAGCGAAUGUUUACGUCGCUCUUCAGUGACUCUUCUUUAUUCAACACAAGAGAAGGCCGCGCCGGGAAGGUUCAUAAUUUCAUGCUGGGCCUGAACCUGAACACCAGCAUCCCAUUCUCUCCAGUCAGUGAGGUCACGUGCCAAGUCCCUACACCUGAGGAGGAGGUGGAUGCCGUCACAGACCCAGAUGAAUUUGAUCGUAUUUACGAGCCUCUGGAUGUGAAGAGUAAGAAGAUCCAUAUAGUGGACAGCGGCCUGACCUACAACCUUCCCUACCCUCUCAUCCUGCGGCCACAGCGUGGUGUGGACCUCAUCAUCUCCUUUGACUUUUCUGCACGACCCAGCGACUCCAGUCCCCCAUUCAAGGAGCUCCUGUUGGCAGAAAAGUGGGCUCGAAUGAACAAGCUCCCAUUCCCCAAGAUCGACCCCAAAGUGUUCGACCGCGAGGGCCUGAAGGAAUGCUACGUCUUCAAACCAAAAAAAGGAGAAAAGAACUGCCCAACUGUCAUCCACUUUGUCCUGGUCAACAUCAACUUCAGGACAUUCAAGGCACCUGGUGUUCCCAGAGAGACUGAAAAGGAAAAGGAGCUGGCUGAUUUUGACAUCUUUGACGACCCAGAGUCACCAUUCUCCACUUUUAACUUCCAGUACUCCAACGAGGCCUUCACCAGACUCCAUGACCUGAUGGAGUUCAACACUCUCAACAACCUGGAGGUGAUCAAAGAAGCCAUCAAGGACUGCAUCGUGUCCCGGAAGGAGAAUCCCUCGUGCGGCUCUCUUCCCUUCUCCCUCAGUGAGAUCCCGAAGAAGAAGUUUCCUCGGGUACAACCCUGGAAUCACCUGGGAAAUAAUAACUAGUAGCCUGAUUGAAGACUUUGGAUAAAGUGGACUUUUUGUAAAUUCUGUCUUAAAGAAAAGCAUUUUCUUUUUGGAAAAUGCUAUCACCUUGAUCUCUUUUCUAUAUACUUUUAAUCAUACUUUUAAUUCUCUAAAGAACCUUAAGGUUUACUGGUACACGCCUUAUGAUUGCAUUCAUAUAGAACAGAGUGAGACUUUUCAUCUGGCUUUAUUUGCAUGAAUGUGGCUGCUGGGAAAACUGUCGCUGUUUAUUGACCACAAACAGCUGAUGUCUGUCUUUUCCCUGCUGGCUGCGAGAAAGCCUGGAAAAAAAAUCAACACUUACUAAACACUGCAGUGUGGCUGGAUUGUUAGAGCUAACAUCUUUCUUUUGUUUUUGAUAUCUACUGAGAGUUCCUGUGUGAAACUGUGCUAUCUCUCUAUCUCUGUUACUUUAAAAGAAGUGCAUACUUUCAUCUGCUCAUUCACUCCAUUUUCAUGCAUCAUGUGAAUUUUCUUCCCCAGUUGCAGCAUUCCUAAUUCAUGCGGACACUUCUUGGCUUCAGUUCAUGCUGCCUCGAGCACUUGCAUUUGCAUGUUUCCUAUGACUUUUUCUGCAGCCAUGCUGUUUAUAAGUUGUGCUUUGUGAAUGCACUGUAAGAAGCCCCACCUGUUUUGUGUCAGCUGAACUCUUUCCAUAUUGAACGUGCAACUGCAGAGCAUGCAAAUCUCCAUGUUUUUGGGUUUUUUUUCCCACCGGAUGGCUCGUCUAAACAUGUAAUCCUGUUUGAAAACAUGGAAGAGGAGCUUGUAACCAUUGGUUUUGUUUGAUAGCAACUCCUAAACACGCCAAGUGCACCCCUCUGGAUACCUCAAACAUCUCAAUGAUGCUUAUCCACCUACAGGGAAAGAGCACUCCCUGCUUGCCUGUAGGGAGUGUCUCAUAUUAAAGCCACCAUUUUGGAAAAACAAAAAUUGAUACCAUAGAAACAGCCCUCUCUCUCUCUCCAUCGGGAUAAAGGUGGGUUUAUUUUCCUGACCAUAUUGUUUCAGGCUGCCUUUUAGAUAUAGGCACAGUUUGUUUUUCUCAAGCAUUCCCUCCCUCAGCGAACCCAACGUGCUGCAGGACUCCUCUAACGGCCCGCACUGUGAAAUCAAAGAGAGGGAUGGCUGGGUGGAGUUGUAAAGUGCGAUCACGAGACCCGCUUGCAGCUGAAAAUGGUGGCUCUCUGCAGCACAUAGUGGAAUUUUACACACUACACCUACACCUGCAGCAAUGGAGGCCUGGAAUCUGACACACUACACCUAUACCUGCAGGGGCCCAAAGGCUGCACACAGAGCAGUGGAAAUUUUCACUGAAGUACUUCUGACCCUAUAUGCUCAUGUUUCUGCCCCGCUGGUUUGGAAGAAACUGAGGAAAAAAGUGUUUUUCAUGACCUACAAACUUUUGCAACUUGCUAUUUUUAUCAGAUCAUUUGUGUCAUGUUUUCUGUUGCAGGGUUCUCAUGUUUUAUUUAAAGAAAGAGUUUAGGGAAUAGGUUUCUUUGCUAGUCUGUUACAGAUGUCAGUGGUUGAAUAGGUUUUUCGUACUUCUGCAAGCAAACCUGAAAAAAGAGAUAAAAAGAGGAUGAAGAGUGUAAUCAGAGGGGAAAACAGCUAGCUUGGCUUUUUCAAAAUGUACAAAAACUAAAAUGUGCGGAUUAAAAAGACAAGAUAUGACAUGCUAUGAACUUUGGAGGUGCCGGUAAGCGGAUUUUGUUGCCCUUGGAGACACCCAGGCUAGCCCCUUGUUUUUGGUCUUAAAGCUAAGCUAAGUUAACCGGCACAGGGUGGGUUCAGUCUUUAGGUCAAUUUGCAAAAAAGCACAUUCCCAAAAUGUUGAAAUACUCCUUUAAGACAAAGUUUAUACUCCAAUAUGCAACAACUCAAGAUUUGAUCAUUUUACAGAGACAUCUCUAAGCUAUGAUGUUACACUUUUAUUUUUAUUUUUAACAUAAGGUUAGUUUAUUUAGAAAGCAUUACAUGAGCAGUAGCAAUUUUAUUUCCUAUUUUUUUCUGUCAUAUUACAUUUUAUGAACUUUGAUAAUGUUUACAAAUGUGCAAGAUGCUAAACAGUCAGUCCUAGGGAAUCAAGACAUGUACAAAUACUCCUGUGAUCAUUAACUAUUUGUGUUAUAACUGGCAAAGCAUGUCAUACAUAAUGUUUAUGUGCAACGGAAAAGAAUGACAAUAAAAGAGAGAAUUCA